CCAGGUUCGUUACCGACAACAGACGCGCUCCCAUUUGAACGGCCGUUGCGCGCUUGCUGGGAUGGCGUCCGUGGCGUUGCGGCAAUUUCGAAGGGACUAGCGGGUUUUGAAAAUUUUCGCGACGCCCGUGAUAAUGGCAGAUAAUCAGCAGAGCAGAUUCGAGAAGUCCCUCGGGCUGCUGACCACCCGCUUCGUCACCCUGCUGCAGAAAGCCAAGGAUGGCGUGCUGGAUUUGAAAGUCGCCGCGGACAUCCUGGAGGUGCGGCAGAAGCGGCGUAUUUACGACAUCACCAACGUCCUCGAGGGCAUCGGCCUUAUUGAGAAAAAGAGCAAGAACAGCAUACAAUGGAAGGGCGCCGGUCCUGGCUGCAACACCCAGGAGGUCGGCGAGAAGCUGUCGAGUUUGAAGGAGGAGAUCGGCAAGCUGGAGGAUCACGAGCAUCUGCUGGACACCCAUACCCAGUGGAUACAGCAGAGCAUAAAGAACAUAGAGAAUGAUCGUGAAAAUAUGAAAUACGCGUACAUCACGUACGAGGAUGUCAAGGCGAACUUUGCCGAUCAGUUUGUGCUGGGGGUACAGGGUCCUCCGGACACGGAGUUGACAGUACCAAAUGUCUUGAAGACUGUCAUUCAAGACGACGCAGUGAUAAAUUACAAUAUGCUCCUGAGAAGUAAUACGGGAGAGAUUAAGGUAUAUAUGGUCCAACCUGAGCUAGCUAAGACUUACGAUAAUAAGGUGUUAGAAAUGAGAUUGCAAGAGGAAGCCAAGGGUACGAAGCGCGGAAACGAGGAGGACGAGAAGAAAGAGGAGGAGGUUCCUGUUAAACCAAAGAGGAAAGUUGGCAGGCCGCCAAAAAACAGCGUUAAACCGGAUCCGAUAAUAACUGACGACGAGGAAGAAGAGGAUUCGGAAUUGAUAGAAGCUAAGAUAGUACUCCGUGAUGUAAGCACUACAGAUAAUAUUGUCCAAAGAGAUCUGGAGUUGUUCUCUGACCACUUCUAUUCCGACUUUUGCGGACCGUUAAUGAGAUUAAGUCCACCGCCCGGGGAAAAAGAUUACCAUUUCAAUCUUGGUGAGAACGAGGGUGUUUAUGAUUUAUUCGACAUUACGACGACGUAAUGAGUGUUGAAUUCAUGUAGCUUCGAUAUGCAAAGAAGAAACUGUGCCAACAGUAUGCAAAGACGGAAAAUCUGAUGAAAUCAUGAUGAACUUGUGCAUAUAAGUUUAGGGAAAUUAAUGGAUCACAAUCAUUGAGAGUAUACAGUAUUUUUUUAUUAUUAAAAGUACGGGAAGCUAGUGCGAGGCAUUGUGUGAAGAUACCUACAACCUGUUCUGACCGCUGUUUAUUUUGUACAUUGCUGGGAGUAAUUCGAAGUUUUAAAGGCAUUUUUUUUUUAUAUAUAUAAAUAGUUCUACUAAAGAUUAUCCUUGUAGGUUUAAGUUGGCUCACCACAAGCUUGCUUCGUGAACAUGAAUCACCUGGACGGAAAUACACGGUCGUUCGCAAUGAUUUUUCGUUCGCUGCAGGAGACAAAGAAUUGGCGAAUGUAUAUAACCAAAUAGAACUUAGCUUUCUCCGUUUACAUUGCAAUUCAGAAGAUUGACUAUACAUGACGUUACGAAGCAAGCUUUCGUCAGAUGUUGGACGUUUUAACAACUUGCGUACACGUACCCCCUAAUGUAUUCUAUAAAAUGCUGGGACGUGGUUAGUAUGUAUGUAUAUUGCGCGAAUUGGACAUUUUUUAAAAAUAUUUUACGAAACUGUGCGUACCCAGAUCUCUACUGCUGGGGCAAUGCAUACGCAUCCGCUUAUAUUUAUGUACAGUAUACCUUUGUCGCGUGACACGCAGGAUCAUCGAGUCAAUUGUAUUUCUUAACACAGCUCUCACAUAUACAUAUAUAUCUCUUUCUCUUUUUCUCUCUCUCUCUCUCACUCUCAUGUCCGAUUAUAUUGUCUUGAAUAUACGACUGCAGAAA